AUGAACGGCGCGGAAGCGACGGGCGGUGUGAGCGGGACGGGGACGGCGGAGGGGCUGCUGGCGGGUGCCCUGGAGCUGGAGAGAGCCCUGAGCUGCUGCACCCCUUCUUCCGUGGUCACCGACGGCGGGGAGGCUGCGGGGGACGAGAGGAGCCUGUACAUCAUGCGGGUGGUGCAGAUCGCCGUCAUGUGCGUGCUGGCUCUCACCGUGGCGUUCGGCAUCUUCUUCUUGGGGUGCAACCUCCUCAUCAAGUCCGAAGGGAUGAUUAACUUCCUGGUGAAGGAGAGGAGGCCGUCCAAAGAG